AGCUGAGCCCUCGAGCGUGCGCCAGGCUUCCAUUGGUCGCAAGGCCGGCGAUUUGCAUACGGCGCUAUGUUUAUUGCUGCCGGCCAGGAGCUGCUCCGUUUGCUGAUGCGGCUGCAGUUUGUGAGUGCUGCUGUGGCUGGGGAGUCCUUGCUGCAGCUUUGCCGGCAGUUCGGUUUACUGCCCCGCCGGGCUCCCCUGUGGUCCUGGUGAUAAAAGCAGCGUGAAGUUCUUGUGGCCAUAUCCGCUCGCUCAGAGGCCUUCGCAGGUGCGGGCCUUUCUGCUCCCGCUGUCAGACCUGGCGGGGCUAAAGGGGAGCCCGGGGGCUGCUCUCAUCGGAACCUCCUGGUGCUUUGCCGGACCAGACCUGGAAACUGGCAGGAACAGCGCUAAGGGGUCCGACGUGGAGGCCUCUCUUCGCUGUGCCGUCGUUUAACACCGAGCAUCCCUCCCUUUCGUCGGUUUGGUGGCUUCUUAAUGUCGAUGGGAAAAAAUGCCACCACUUGCUGAAUUCCUGGAGGAGAAGAAUGCCAGGGAGCGUGGCCGAGCGCCAGGAAAGCAUCUGCUCUAUGCUCCUGGAGACUGCGAUCCGAGUCCCCAGCCCCAAGUGCCGCCGAGGCGCUGCUUGAGCCGGCAGGUUGCUUGGCGACACGCUUUUUAUUAAUCACGGCUGGUAAUAAUUUCCCAUCGUUCGUAAAGAUUGUAAAUUGCAGAGAUGAAAUCAUAAAUGUGCCAUCUCCUGAGACGAUUUAGUGGCAUCGGAGCUGCUAGACUUCUCGUAAAUAUUGCAUUCAUGUAGGUACCCUCUUAAGUGGAAUGUGGGUUUUUUUUUUUUAAAAGAAGCUGUUUCCAGGAUUCCGAAGCUUUAUUCAGUGAUGCAAGGACUUAAAAGGAGCUUGGAUUUAACUUGUUAAUGUAGUAUUUUAACCUGUUUUGCAGUGAUGGGUACUUUUAAGUCAUAACUUCACGUUAACUGCAAGGAAGAAUAAUUUCUGAAAGAUUGACUAAUACUGUAUAAGGCUUUUUUUUUUCCCCCUUAAUAAAUUACUUGUGGAAAGAACAUUAGGUCAUGCUGGGUUUGGAACUUUGUGAGUGUCAUGACAGGAAAGGAUAAUUUAGCUUUCUUCUGGGGAAAGUCUUUGUAAGCUAGUUCCUUGGAAUUAAGUGUCUUGCUUUAAGCUUCAUAAUGGCAUCUAAAUUCUGGAAAUUUGGGCUCCCAUGGAGAACGCUGGAAAUAGUUAUGAUGGUGAACUAAACUUGAACAGGCCUUGGGCUCUGCAUCCUCUAUAAAUAUGUUGUAAAACAUAUCUGUAACUAGAUGUAUUGCUAUAAAUGGAAUUCGUAGGCAAAAAAGAGUUAAAUUGGUUGAUGGGCUUCUCUGCAGAGCUUUGCAUUUAAAUCCACAUGUUAAUUAAGAUGGGUUUGUUUUGUUUGGCACUAUUUAGAGAGGCUACUUUGCAAUCCUUUUAUGAUGUAGCACAAGAUCACACGGCUCAUUUUUGCCACUUGGUUUGACCACAACCAAAUCUAACAACACUGGCAGGAAAUGAUGCAUUGUGUCUCUACAGUGCCAUAUAUUUCCAUGGUGCUUUGCAGAGAGAUGUUCAGCUCCCCACGGAGCUCAGAAUUGAAGGUUUCCAUUCUCUCUGCAUGUGAAUAACUUUAUAUGCUUGAACAACUCCAUUGCAUGAAGUGGACUGUUAAGGUGUGAAAUUGCUCAUGUGUGUAAAUGUUUGUGAAAGAAACACUGAAUAAAAAGGGAGCUGGACAAGAGCCGAGAGGCAGGGGGUAGGUUAAGAUGUCAAAAGACACUUGAACUUCCAUUGGUCCUUUUUUAAUAGUAAAGAGGGUCCCUGAUGUGCUUUGACAGACCUGCACAGAUACAAAAUAGAAACAACUUUCAACAUUUGUUAUAGUUUUUUAGACUAGUGAAGAACAUUAAGUUGGGUUUGCUGCACAUACUGUGUCUGUUAAGGUAAAAAUGGCAAAUUGGGUGCUUUUUACUAAUCUAGCAAGCAAUGCAGAACCAUCUGGCAGAAGGACCAAGUUAAUACUUUGAGGUUUAUGUUGAGGUGUUUUUAAAUUGGCAUCAUUACAAUAAUUAUGACAUGAAGAUAUUUUUCUGAAUAUCUUAGAUCUGAAAGCCAUCAAUAUAGUGGUUAUUGUCCUGUGUUUUCCUUUUACUUAACUUAGAGGCUGCUACAUUUCAUUCAUUCAUUUGUUCUUAAACGGUUCUUAAGUUCUUUAAUCUGGCAAAUGAUAAUGGAUGACCUUUGUUACUAAAGCAGAUCUUUUCCAUUCAGGUAAGAGGAUUUAAAUCAAAGGUCAGAGUUCUGUAGCUAAUCCUUUGCUUUACUAAAAGUGGAGCACCUAAUCACAGAACUUCAUUUUUUUUUUUCUCAACAUCUCUCUUCUUGGAAAAAGGGGAGAAAUGCACUGUGUGUGACUACACAUGUCUGUCCUGGGUCUUCAGGCCCUCAACUAUCAGGGAUCUUUUUGAGUGCAGUACUUGAGAAGGAAGAUCUUAGUAUUCUAGGAUGCCCUGUUGAUUUGUCCAUCUAGAAUACCAAUCCCCUGCAAGAGGGCUUCGCUGUCGGACAUCAGAGGGCAGAGGACUUCAAUGCCCAGUGAAGCCUGCGUGAGAAAGGCUACUGGACAGAAUUUUGUGUAACAGUGAGUCAGGCAGCUGUGAAAGCUGUGGAAACGGUCGCUUGAGCAGAGGCGGCGGGACACCGGCACCACGGGGCCGCGCGUCCCGUUCCCCUUGCGCUCGGCAGUUUCCGCCUCUCUCCGCUAUGCCAGGAGACAGCUUCGGUAGUUUCCGUGUCUCUUCGGCUCCAACUCGGGAAUUUCCGCUCUGGGGGCUCUCCCGGUUGUCAGGGGUAACGCAAAGCAUCUUGGAGCGAGUGCGGCCUUCAGGGCUGGGGCCGCGCUCCGGGGCCGCCGGCAGGUUUGCAGUCUGACAGCUGCAGUUGCUAUGGCUGUGUAUGUGGAUCAUUGGACAGAAGCUCCUGAGUCAGUUGCCUCCCCUUCCCAUAUAGUGUGGCACCCACUUCACCCACUCCUGGCAGUUGCUUCCAUCACCACAUCAUCUGGAGGCCGUGUGGAUAUCUACCUGGAACAGGGAGAACAUGUGUCAGAUACACACCUUGAGAGAAACUUUCAUGUCACUUCACUUUCCUGGCACCCUUCCAGACCCAUCCUUGCAGCAGGCUGGGAGACAGGAGAAGUUGUGAUACUUAACAAACAAGACAAGGAGCUGCACACUGUACCGCUGAAUCACAAUGCCAAAAUUACAGUCCUGGACUGGAGUACAAAUGGUACCUGCCUCGUAUCUGGUGAUAGGCACGGAGUCUUGGUUCUCUGGAGAGUGGACCAGCGAGGCAGAGUGCAGGGUCCCGCCCUGCUGAAGCAGGAGUUUGGAAAAGGUCUCUCUCACUGUGUCUUUCGACCACCUCCUCCUGGCGAGGACUUGGUACAGCUGGCAAAGGCAGCUGUGAGUGGUGAUGAGAAGGCCUUGGAUAUGUUUAACUGGAAAAAAGCUGGAAUGGGACCACCUGUGAAAAUGGGACUCCAGGAAGGUCUCUCCUUCUUUAUCGCUUUGACAGAUGGUUCUGUGCAUUACAUCAGUGAGAAAGGGAAGACGAGGCAUGUGCUGUCCACAGACAGUCCAGUCCAAAAGCUUCUGUUCAUGGAGAAAAGAGAAGUCUUAGUUGUAAUAACAGCAACUCUGCAGCUGUCUCUGCAUGCAAUUACCCUUGAGGGAGUGGCAGAAGAGCUCAUGAAGGUGAAGUUGAGUGGGAAGACAGGUCAUUGUGCAGACAUCAUUUUAAUAGACCAUAGCCUCGUUGUUACAGCACUAGGCGAGGCAGUCCUCAGGUUCUGGGAUUUGGAGCAAGAUGAGAACUAUGUGCUCUCUCCAAAUGUGCAGUUUGGCUUUGAGGCAGGAGAAUGCAUUAACUGUGUUUCAUACUGCAGUGCUAGAGGUCUUCUAGCAGCUGGUACCAACAGAGGGAGAAUAGCUAUGUGGAGGAAAGCAGCAGGAUCUGAUCAGAGUAUAUGGGCAUUGGAAGGCAAGGAGAAGUGGAAGCUCCAGGCACCUACAGAACUUGAAGGAAAUGUCACUCAGAUAAAGUGGGGCUCCCGGAAAAACCUGCUGGCAGCGAACAACAUCAGCUCUGUGGUGAUCCUCAGUGAGCAGGCCAUGUUGUCUCACUUCCAUCAGCAAGUGGCUGUGGUACAGGUGUCUCCCAACCUGUUCAAUGUGACCACCUUCAGCACAGGAACCACGCACAGCCUCCAUGUUGAUGUGAAAGUUAAUGGAGUCUUCACUACUAAGGAUGCUGUGGUAUUCUGGAAUGGAAAGCAAGUUACUGUCUUUGAGUAUUCAGGAGAUACCUUCAGAAGUGCAGGCUGCUUUCUUUGUGACUCUCCAGUUCUGUCUGUGCACGGGGAAAAUUUGUACACAGUUGAGCCAUAUCGAGUCCAAGUCCGCACCUGGCAGGGCACAGUGAAGCAGCUGUUGGUGUUCUCUGAAUCAGAGGGGAAUCCUUGCCUCUUGGAUGUCUGUGGAAAUUUCCUGGCUGUGGGGACAGAUUUGGCUCACUUCAAAAUCUUUGAUCUCUCUCGCAGAGAGGCAAAAGUGCACUGCAACAGCAUCAAUUUCUCCGAGCUGUUCCCUGGCCUUGGAAGCAUUGCAUCUGUCAAGUGCAAUGCUAAUGGCAAUAAAGUCAGCAUCCUCGUUAGCAAGGCUGAUGGCAACCUUGAUUCAAAGAUCUGUUUCUAUGAUGUUGAAAUGGACAAAGGUACACUCUUUGAUUUCAAGGCUGAUCAAGGAAAUGCUAGAGAGGAGCUUUCUUCUGGACAACACGUCGACAAGUCUGUUGUGGAGUAUCCAGACUUGCAGAGUCACAUCCCUACUUGCCAUUUCUGGGACCAGAGUGAACCAAGACUUUUCGUAUGUGAAGCAGUUCUUCAAAUAGGCCUACAGCCUGCAGAUGAAAGGGAAAAACAGUCUGAGGUGGAUGUUUGGAUUAUAUCAUUCUUCAGUACUGAAGAGCAUGGCCUUUUGCUUCAGGACAGCUUUCCAUUGCCUUCAUCCUACCAGGUUCUUCUGGGUGUAGAGGUGCCACAUUUUUACUUUGCAAAAAAGCUGGGAGAAAUUGAGAAAGGACAAGAAGAGUCUGGCUCUGUAAAGGUCUCUCAGAUGGUAGCAAGAAAACCCAUGAGAGAUUUCAUUGGUCUGGGAGACUGUGAUAAGACUACUCGGGAUGCUAUGCUGAACUUCAGCUUCUACCUGACUGCUGGAGACAUGGAUGAGGCCUUCAAAUCCAUCAAGCUGAUAAAAAGCGAGGCUGUCUGGGAGAACAUGGCUCGCAUGUGCGUCAAGACUCAGAGGCUCGACGUCGCCAGGAUCUGCCUGGGAAACAUGGGCCAUGCCAGAGGAGCCAAGGCACUGAGGGGCGAGCAAGAACCCGAGCAGGAGGCCAGAGUGGCUGUGCUGGUUCAGCUGGGCAUGCUGGAGGAGGCAGAGAGGCUCUACACGGCUUGCAAGCGCUAUGACCUGCUCAACAAGUUCUAUCAUGCCUCCAACCAGUGGCAGAAAGCCAUCCCGACAGCUGAGUGCCACGACCGGGUUCACUUGCGCACCACCUACUACAACUACGCCAAGCACCUGGACGCAACCGGAGAGCAGAGCCUUGCACUGACCCACUAUGAGAAGUCAGACACACACCGGUUCGAGGUGCCACGAAUGCUCUCUGAGGACUUGCAAGCCCUGGAGAACUACGUCAACAAGAUGGCAAGCAAGAGCCUGUGGAAGUGGUGGGCUCAGUACCUGGAGAGCCAGUCAGACAUGGAAUCUGCACUCAAGUACUAUGCCCUGGCGGAUUACUUUUCCCUGGUCCGCAUCUACUGCUUUCAGGGCAACAUUCAGAAGGCUGCAGAAUAGCCAACGAGACGGGGAAACUGGGCAGCCUCGUACACCUGGCGCCGGCAGUACGAGAGCCAGGAGGAGGUCAGGCAGGCUGUGCACUUCUACACCAGGGCUCAGGCCUUCAACAACGUGCGCCUCUGCAAGGAGAACAAUCUGGAUGAUCAGCUGAUGAACCUGGCUCUUCUGAGCUCUCCUGAAGACAUGAUAGAGGCAGCCUGCUAUUACGAGGAAAAGGGGGAGCAAAUGGACAGAGCUGUAAUGUUAUACCACAAGGCAGGACACUUCUCUACUCUGGAGCUAGCCUUUGCCACGCAGCAGUUUGGGGCCCUACAGCUAAUUGCUGAAGACCUGAAUGAGAAAUCAGACCCAGCUCUGCUAGCUCGCUGCUCUGACUUCUUCACUGAACAUGGCCAGUUUGAAAAGGCAGUGGAGCUGCUGCUAGCAGCCAGAAAGUACCAUGAAGCUCUGCAGCUCUGUCUGAAGCAGAACCUGACCAUCACAGAGGAGCUGGCUGAGAAGAUGACACUGUCUAAGGACUGCAAGGAGCUGUCUGAGGAAUCCCGGAGAGAGCUGCUGGAGCAAAUUGCUGACUGCUGCAUGAGACAAGGCAAUUACCACAUGGCAACCAAGAAAUACACAGAAGCAGGGAACAAGUUAAAGGCUAUGAGGGCACUGCUGAAAUCUGGAGAUACCAAGAAAAUAGUUUUCUUUGCGGGAGUUUCCAAGCAGAGAGAGAUUUACAUCAUGGCAGCCAACUACCUGCAGUCCCUGGAUUGGCGGAAGGACCCAGAGAUCAUGAAGAACAUCAUCAGCUUCUAUUCUAAAGGCAAAGCUCCUGACCUACUGGCAGGUUUCUACGAGGCAUGUGCUCAGGUGGAAAUCGAUGAGUAUCAGAACUACGAGAAAGCACAAGGAGCUCUGACAGAAGCAUACAAGUGCCUCACAAAAGCAAAGACCAAAAGCCCUCUGGAACAGGAAGCCAAACUGGCACACUUGCAAAGCAGGAUGACCCUGAUAAAGCGAUUUGUCCAUGCUCAGAGAGUUUACCCUGAGGACCCCAAGGAAGCAGUCAAACAGUGUGAGCUUCUCCUGGCUGAGCAAGACCUGGACAGCGCCAUCCGCCACGGCGACAUCCUGGGCUUCCUGGUGGAACAUCACGUGCGAGCCCAGGAGUUUGGUGCCUUACCAGUAAUCCUGGAAGAGCUGCAGAAGAGAAUCCCACCCCAGAACCUGAGCUACUACGUGACUCAGCAGGCCCUGGAGGCAGUGCACCGCCAAGCUGGCGUUCCCAUGAGCCGAGCCCUGGCCACACAGAGAUCCACCCACAGCAGCGUGGAGAACAAGGAGGUGGAAGAAGAAGUGGUUGAUGAAGUGGAGGACCCUUGAAAACUUAUGAAAUGCAAAGUUGGCUUUAAUACAAAGUCAUUUAUGCUGUCCUCAGCAGGCACCCCCAUAGCAGUCAGCACACAGUGACAAGGCUUUUUGGUUACUACCAAGAAACUGAUUCUUCCUGCUUGACUGUACAAGCACCAGCACUGAAAGGGAAGAACUUGUCUCAGCCUGCACCCACACAGGGUCUUGUACAUCCUGUACAUAAGCUUUAGGCUUUUAAUAAAGUGUAGAGGGGUGAAAAGCCAACAAAACCUG